CUCUGGAGGAUAAUAAAAGCGACAGCUUCCUUCCUUUUGUCUGCAGUUCCCUAUGGCCUUUGUGUAAUUUUUGAAUUUUUGUUCAGGUGUUGCGAACAAAAGCACCGAAAUUGAAUUUAAUGAAAAGCGAAAGCAAAACACUGCACAGGAUCAGCCCGAAAGGGGAACAACAGCGCACGGCAGAUCACCCACUUCCGCUCCGUUCUGCAGAGGCAGCAGCCCAGCCCAGCCCAGCCAGUACGGAAUCCGUCGAGCAUCCUGCCCUCUCUCCUGGGCACUUCCGCAGGAAGCAAGCGGAAGAGAGUGUGCGCGCGCUCACUUUCCAUGGCCGUGUGGCAAAUCAAUCGACCGAACGACCCAUCGCUGACAAUGACGAGUCGGGCAAGUGGAGCUUCCAAAGGGCAAACGCUUCGAGCGACAGGCUACGACUGCGUGACAUGGAUUUGGUUUGCUAAUUCGCCGCCAGCCGAUGGGCCAGCCGGAAUACGCUUGACUCUUGGCGUGCCCCGCGGCGAUUGCGUCCACGGUCCGAGGCAGUGGCCGGCGGGCAUAAAAUUGAGACAACGGCCUGUUUAGCCUCACAGUUGAGCACUGCAAGCGAGACGCACCAGUGCCCCCAGAGCCAACUUGGAGGAUUAGCGGACUAGGAA